AUGGCAACAUUUGCAGGUACAACCCAGAAGUGCAAAGCAUGUGAGAAGACUGUCUACUUGGUUGAUCAGCUCACUGCUGACAACAAAGUCUACCACAAGGCAUGCUUUAGAUGCCACCACUGCAAGGGCACCCUCAAGCUUAGUAAUUAUUCCUCUUUUGAGGGUGUUUUGUAUUGCAAGCCUCACUUUGAUCAGCUAUUUAAGAUGACUGGAAGCUUGGAUAAAAGUUUCGAAGGUAUACCAAAAACUGUUAGAGACAGAUCAGAACAGGUCAACAACAGUAAAGUUUCUAGUUUAUUUGCCGGGACUCAAGAUAAGUGUGUUGCUUGCAAGAAAACAGUUUACCCCAUUGAAAAGGUGGCAGUUGAUGGCACAUCAUACCAUAAGCCUUGUUUCAGGUGCAGCCAUGGAGGCUGUGUGAUCAGCCCAUCAAACUACGUAGCUCAUGAGCAUCGUCUCUACUGCAGGCAUCACCAUAGCCAACUCUUCAAGGAGAAAGGAAACUUCAGCCAGCUUAGCAAACAGGAAGAAGUUCAAGGGGUGACUGAGAACGCAGAGGCUUAG